AUGGAUAACCAACGUAUCAUCUCUUGCGAGACUCCUGCUCACGACCAUGUCGAGCGCUGUGGUUAUUUGUUUGGAUGGCCUAUCAACCAUUCCAUGUCGCCCUUGAUGCACAAGACCAUCUUCGGCGAGAUUGGCUACAACUGGGAGCAGUUCUUCUUGCCAUCGACUGAUAUGUCCAUGUUCCUUUCGUUGGUUCGCGAGGUCAAAUUCUUUGGCGCCUCCGUUACCAUGCCCCACAAAGUGGCCAUCAUGAAGCACGUUGACGAACUCACACAAGAAGGCCGUGAAGUCGGCGCUGUCAACACAUUAUACCUGCGCAAGCACGGUGACAGAACCAUUCUCGUCGGCACAAACACAGACGUUAUUGGUAUCCGCGAGGCUUUCUAUCAGAACAUCUCAAACCCAGACGAGGUGUUCCACGGCAGACCUGGUAUGGUCAUUGGAGGCGGUGGUGCUGCUCGUAGUGCCGUCUAUGCACUCAAGAAGUUUAUGAAGUGCAGCAAAGUGUACAUCGUCAACCGUGACAAGGCAGAGGUUGAUGCUGUGGUAGCCUGGUGUUCGGAGCAAGGCUAUGGCGAUGGUGUUAUGCAUGCUGCGACUGUUGAGCAAGCGGAAGAGCUCGAAGGUCCUGGUGCUAUAGUCUCUUGUGUACCCGACUUCCCUCCUGUCACCGAGGCCGAGCAGACCGCUCGCAAUGUCAUGGAAGUGUUCUUGGGAAAACCACACAAGGGUGCCAUUCUGGAGAUGUGCUACCACCCGAAGCCCUGGACUCAAAUCGCCGAGAUCUCGCAGAAUGCUGGCUGGAACGUCAUCUUGGGAACAGAGGCCAUGAUUUACCAAGGGUUGGAACAGUCAAUGUAUUGGACUGGAAAGACUCUAGAUCAACUGCCAGUUGCAAAGGUCAAGGAGGUUAUCGCAGCCCAGUUGAAGAAAGGUCAUUGA